GCCAGCUCCGCUCCCUGCGGGUGCUGCCCCAGGCCCUGCCACCCCAUGUCAGGGCAGGAUGGAGGAUUUGGAUGCUUUGCUGGUAGAACUGGAGCAGAGCUCCCUCCAGGCCUCCAAGGACCCUGCAUGGCAGGGACCGAGCUCCUGCCAGGAUCCACCUGCCCCCCAUGGCUCUGAGCCUGCUGCCUCGGCAGCCCCAAAGGUGCAGCUGCUGCCUCAGGCUCAGUCUCUGGGAGAGGAUUUGGAGAGAGUGUACAGCAGCCCCACCUCGGUCCCACAGCCCCCACCCACGGCGGCCGCCCAGCAGCUGGACGAGCUCCUGGCUGACCUGGGCCACAUGCAGAGCAAGCUGUCGGGGCAGGGAGCCGGUGUGGCCGCGGAGCCCUCCCUGGACAACAUGCUGGGCAGCCUCACCCGGGACCUGCAGGAGCUGGGCAUCACAGCCACCCCCGCGGGGGUCUGUGCCGGCUGCUGCAAGCCCAUCGCCGGCAAGGUGCUCACAGCCCUGGGCAAAACCUGGCACCCUGAGCACUUCACCUGUGCCCGCUGCGGGCAGGGGCUGGACAGCCAGCCCUUCUUCGAGCAGGGCGGGCGGGCGUUCUGCGAGGAGGACUAUCACCAGGCCUUCUCCCCCCGCUGUGCCUACUGCGCCGGCUCCAUCCGUGAGAAAGUCCUCACAGCCUUGGACCAGACGUGGCAUCCCGAGCAUUUCUUCUGUGCCCACUGCGGGAAGGUCUUUGGGGACGAGGGGUUCCUGGAGUGGAAUGGGAAGCCUUACUGCCACCAGGACUUCCUGGCCAUGUUCACCCCCAAGUGCCAGGGCUGCGAGCGCCCGGUCAUGGACAAAUACCUGUCAGCUCUGCAGGCCGUGUGGCACCCCGAGUGCUUUGUGUGCACGGAAUGCCUGAGCGGCUUCGCCGGCGGCUCCUUCUUCGAGCUGGAGGGCCGGCCCUACUGCGAGCUGCACUUCCACCAGCGGCAGGGCACCAUCUGCCACGGCUGCGGCCGCCCCGUCACCGGGCGCUGCAUCACGGCCGCGGGGCGCAAGUACCACCCCGAGCACUUCGUCUGCACCUACUGCCUGGGCCGGCUGCAGAAGGGCACCUUCCGCGAGUGUGGAGACAAGAUGUACUGCCAGGCCUGCCACGACAAGCUCUUCCUCUGACCCCCCAGCCUGGGUGUCCCCAGCAUGGUCCCCAACCAUCAGUAUCCCUGGCGUUGUCCCUGCUGAGCCCAACGUGCCUCAUAUUGUCCUGCCCAGCCAACUGUCCCCAGCCUGGCUGGCGUCAGGUAUCCUCAGGCAGCAUUCCUUGCCCGCAUCCCCACAAGACAUUCCUGGCACUGCCCCUGCCAAGCCACGCAUCCUGGGCAUUGCCCCCUGCACCUGCAGCAAUAAAAC